AUGGGAGGAGACAGCGCAAAUAAGCAGCCAUUCCCGCGAGUAUUUGUGAUACGCCACGGCCAAACCGAGUGGUCGCAAAACGGACGCCAUACCGGAACUACGGACAUAGGGCUAACGCAGCAUGGCGCCGAGGUCGUUGAGAAGCUUGGGCCACGCGUAGUGGGCGAUGCGAAACUCAUCGACCCUGGGCGUAUAUCUCACGUAUUGCUCUCCCCAAGGAAACGCGCCAUCGAUACUUUCACGCUGCUGUUCAAGGAUAACUUGCCCGCAGUCGCUGAGCGCGAGAUUGUGGAGGAUGCCAGGGAGUGGACUUACGGCGACUACGAGGGACUCAAACCGGCCGAAAUUAAGGCGCGCAACCCCCACCACUGGAUUUGGACAGAUGGUUGUCCGAACGGGGAGAGUGCAGCGGAUGUCUCCGCGCGUGCUGACAACUUGGUUAGGAAAAUUAGAGAUAUACACGCUGCACACCUCCUCGACAGAGAGCGUGGUGUGGAAACCAAGAGCUCGGGCGAUGUAGUCAUCUUCUCCCACGGCCACUUUAGUCGUGUGUUUAUUUCACGUUUUCUCGGAUUCGGUAUUGGCGAAUUUGGACCCAAGAUCGUCGCUGAAGCUGGCGCUGUGCAGUUGCUUGGCUACCAGCAUAAUAGCCUCGAUGAGCCAAGUAUCUUGGCUAUGAACUUGCAGUAG